UCUGCCUUUAUAUCGAUUUUUCUGGCAGAUGCUAUUCAUUUGAAAUCAGCUGAUUGCACACCAGUCAAGUAUAACAGCAACACAAAAUACAUUCCAAACGAGUUAAUGGUGUAGACAGAGAAGUUAAUGGUAGUUAGCACAUGUACUAACGGUACCUACGUACUAAAGCGAAGCAUUGAACUAUAACGGUUGGAUUAGAUAUACAUACUUUUUUAAUACCCAAAUCAUUAGUGACCCACUUAAAAGUUUGAGAACGUUUGGCGCCUAUAUAGACUUACCAGGAUGAUAAUAUUUUUUGGGACCCCCCUCGUUGACAUAAUAGCGAAGGUCGACCACAGCUUCCUUGAAAAAUACAACCUAAAACCAGACGACGCUGUCAGAGCUACCCCUGAAGUGGAGGGUAUUUUCGAAGAAAUCCUGAACUAUAAUCCCAUCAUACAGCCUGGAGGUAGUGUUACCAACACAGCGAGGGUCUUCCAGUGGACUAGCAAAAAAUCCUACCCCAUGCUGUUCAUCGGAAUUCUAGGUGACGAUGAAUACGGCAAAAUCAUUAAGGAUAAGUUUGUCGAGGAGGAAAUUACAUGCUAUUUAACUGAAAUUAAGCGUCAUAAGACAGGGAUAUGUGCUGUGCUUCCGACUGAAGACUACAGGUCGUUGGUAACACAUCUAGGGGCGUCGCACCUUUUCUCGUUCGACGAUGUAGAUGACGGUCUGUGGGACGAAGUAGCAAAGGCGAAAUAUUUGUACUUGUCUGCAUUUCUUAUUCGAGCAGGUUUUAAAAACAUGCAAGUCCUCAUAGAACACUUCUUGAAGAAACACGACUUUAUAAUAUUAAAUUUAGGAGCAAGUUUCCUCUGCGAAAAAUACCCCAAGGAAAUGACUUACCUUUUCAGGACCUCCAACAUGGUUUUUGGAAACGAAUCUGAGUACGUCGGACUUGCCAAAAUUCUCCACAUCCAAACCGGUGACGUCAAAGAGAUGCUUGUAAGUUUAAAUAAAUAUUUCCCCGAUAAAUCGUUACGGACGCUAGUUAUGACGAGGGGAAGCAAAUCGAUUGUGAUCUUAAGCAAUAAUAAAGUGGAAGAAUUUGACACUGAGCAUCUGGAAGAGGAGAAAAUCGUCGAUACAAAUGGAGCCGGCGACGCCUUCGUGGGAGGAUACCUGGCUCAGUUCGUCAGGAAUAAAAGUAUUUCGGAGAGCGUUAGGUGUGGUAUUUGGGCCGCUAAGGAGAUUAUUCGCAAUCACGGGUGUAAUUUUGAUAAUAAAAAGGUUUACGAUUUGUUGAGUCUUAUUUGA